AAUGCGUGGGGUCUCCAGGUGUCGGUGUACCUGGGCCGUGGUGGAUUUUCCUUCCAGCCUCCUCAGCUGCUCACAGGGUCCGAGGUUUACGCCAGGUACGGCUCUGCCAUCACAGCGCUGGGAGACCUGGAUAAGGACGGCUACAACGAUGUGGCCAUCUCUGCUCCUUAUGGAGGCACCGGCCAUCUGGGCGUGGUCUACAUCCACAACGGCCGCGCUCGAGGGCCCGACCCCACACCUUCCCAGGUCCUGCGGGGCAAGUGGGCAUCCUCCUACAUGCCUGCUAGCUUUGGAUACUCCAUUACUGGAAACACUGACAUAGACCAGAACGGAUAUCCAG